AUGGUAUUAGACCAAGCAAUUCCUUUGAUGUCAGAAAAUAACGAUUCAACAUCAAAUGAAGGUGUAACACAAAAUUAUGAUUAUUUUUACGACGACCUCGCUCUUUCUAAGCGGGUAUGGAUUGAAUCUAAGAAGCUAUGGCACAUUGUUGGUCCGACUAUCGUUACUCGUAUCGCGGCCUACACGUUGUUCGUCAUCGCUCAGUCCUUCGCCGGCCACAUCGGUGAUGCUGAACUUGCUGCCAUCUCCCUCGGCUCCAACGUCAUCGUCGGUCUUACUUGUGGUCUAUUGGUAGGAAUGGCAAGUGCACUAGAGACGUUAUGUGGACAGGCAUAUGGUGCAAAAAAGUAUUACAUGUUGGGUGUGUACAUGCAAAGGUCAUGGAUAGUUUUGUUCACAUUUUCUAUACUUUUACUACCUUUGUUCAUUUUUUCAACCCAAUUAUUAAAGCUAUUGGGUCAACCGGACCAUGUUGCGGAUCUAGCCGGGACAGUGACCUUGUGUCUAAUACCAUUGCACCUAUGUUUCCCGUUCCUCUUCCCGCUACAGACGUUCCUUCAAAGCCAGCUGCAGCCCGGGAUCAUGGCAUGGGUUUCGGUAGUUGGUAUCAUUUUUCAAAUUAUCGAUUCAUGGAUAUUGGUCACGGUACUCGAGUGGGGUGUAAUGGGUGUAGCCAUUGCUUUGUGCUUGGCUUGGUGGAUACAAGCUUUGGUGUUGUUUGGGUACAUUGUUUUUUGGGGUGGUUGUCCCCUUUGUUGGGCUGGUUUCUCUAUGGAAGCCUUUUCUGGUCUAUGGGAAUUUAUCAAGCUCUCUACUGCUUCCGGCGUCAUGAUCUGUUUGGAGUACUGGUACUCUACAGCAUUGGUGUUGAUGACAGGAAAUUUGAAGAAUGCAGAUAUAGCCUUGGAUGCUUUGUCAAUAUGCACCAGCAUCAACCAGUGGGAAAUAAUGAUACCUUUUGCGUUCUUUGCUGGUGUUGGCGUAAGAGUAGCAAAUGAACUAGGAGCUGGGAAUGGAAAAGGCGCUAGAUUUGCAACCAUAGUAGCAUCCACGACCUCCAUAGCAAUAGGGGUUGUCUUCUGGCUUUUGGCUAUGAUUUUCCACGACAAAUUGGCUUUAAUUUUCUCAAACAGCCAACCUGUUCUUGAGGAGGUUGAUAAACUCUCUGUCCUUUUGGCUUUCACCAUCCUCCUCAACAGUCUCCAACCCGUUCUCUCCGGUGUUGCGGUCGGAUCAGGGUGGCAAAGUACUGUGGCGUACGUUAAUAUUGGUAGUUACUAUCUCAUAGGCAUCCCUCUAGGCCUUUUGCUGGGAUGGACAUUACAUGGAGGUGUUACGGGUAUAUGGGGCGGAAUGAUUGUAGGAACUGCAGUUCAAACAAUGAUAUUAGGCAUUAUUACAAUGAGAUGCAACUGGGAGAAAGAGGCUAACAAAGCAAGCAGACAUGUAGAUAAGUGGGAGGCUAUAUAGCAUGCACUUUUCGAAAUCAAGUUGUUGCCUGAAUCGAACGUUGAGAUUUAGUCCUUCGCUUGGGAGCAUAAUUAGACGAUAUUCUUUAAUUAAUGCUCCAUCAGUUAUAAUUUAUAUUAGUAUUGUGAUAAUUUAAUUAGGGCAAAGUAUAAGAUUUAUACUAGUAUUGUGACAACUCAAAGACACGCGUAGAAGAUAAUUAUAGAUUUUUUAAUUACAACCCAGGGGCAAGUAAAUUCUUAGGUAAUAGGAGCGUAUCUUAAGAAAUUGAGUACUUAGCAUCAAGUACUUGAAAGUUGAUUUAUGAGUGUUAUUUGGUCUUGUGAGUUGUAAAUGAGCUUGCUUAAGCUUAAGCAAGACAAAGGUAAGAUAGGACUUUUUGUCAAAAACUAUCUAAUAAAAUCCAGAUUUUGUGAGAAAUUAUCUAAUAAAAAAAUGUUGUAAUAAACUACCUAAUAAAGGUAAAAUGUACUAGUGUUGUAAAAAACUACGCCUUGAGACUAAGGUAAAAUGUUGCAAAAUACUACCUAUAUCGGAUUUCCACCAUUGACCGACAUCAAAACACUAUCGAAACCACCGCUUUCAUUCCCAAAACUAACACAACUUGCUUGAAAUCGCCACCAGACCUGAACCACCUUUCUACCCCAAAAGCACCACCUCUAACCCCAAAAAUCACCAUCCCGAAGCACUAAUCUACCAUACCCCCACCAACUCGGAAUUUUCUCCGACCACCCUGAAAAU